AUCCUUCUGAUUCUACAAAUUCGCACCUUUCUCUCCUGAACCCAACGGAAAAAUAAGGCGCCUACAGCCCUCGUGCUGACCUUUAACCCUCCCGCGUCUUCGUGCUGAUCCUACACACAAAUGCCGUUCUCCGCUUAGAUACUACGCCAACACUUCGCCUCAAAUCAACUCCUGGUUGACAAUACUCGGCAAUCUUCAUUUCUGAAAUCUUUACAGUCUUGGCCUGUUCGUUGUUUUUGUAUGGAUGAUGCAUGAGGAAACUUUCUGUGCCUCUAUCAUCCUAAAAAAGUGCUUUUCGUAGUACUAUGUAUUUAGUUAUUUUGCGUAGGAUCCCGGUAGUUUGUAGCAAUUUUAUUAAGGACAGACGAUCAUUUUCCCUCUUCAAGUUGUGCUGUUAGUAGAAGAUCAGGUUGCAAAUUAAUAAGAUUUUUCAAUGGAAGACACGCUACCUAGUUCAGGAUCAGGUAUAGUUGGUGUUGGUGGAAGUAGAAAACCACGAGGAUGCUCAAUUGGCGUUUCUCACUCAAAAGCAUAUUCAAAUAAUGCUAUACGGAGUGUAACUUCAUUUAGACAGAGCAGAAUUGUGAAUGGUGCAGUUGGUCAGGUGACACUUUUCUUGCUCAAAGUUGCUGCGCUAGAGACAGUUAGAAGGUUCUCAAAGUUUAGGUGUCCUUUUGCUUGGCGAGGUCUUCAAGCUUUGCAGGUUCUUUGCUAUCCACCAUUUAAGUGGAUUCAGAGAUGGACUCCAUUCAGAGGUUUAGUCAAAGGCAUGCAGAUGUUGUCAAAGCCAUUACUUGUACUAUCAAUAGCAACAUCACUCCCUGAUCAGACAGAGACAGAGACUGUGGGUGGUAACUCAGAUGACAUCAAUGAUUCCCCUUCAUAUUCUGAAAUGAUCUCAGAACUAUCUUCUGAAAAAUCUCCCACAGAUGCAAGGGCCUGUGAUGAGGCUCCACAAAGUACUGAACCUGAAAGUUGGUUGGUUUCCCUUUCUAAAGAGCUGGAAAGUCAGGGUUUUAGUUUGCCAGAAAGAUUUAAUGAAAAUGAGCUUCAAAGAUUCUAUACAGUUGCAAAUGGUGACUUUACAUCUUUGUUAUCUUCAAUUAAGAAGACAAUUCGCUGGAGAGAAAAUUACAAAAUACUUUCAUCUUCAGAGCUUGAUAUGUGGUCACAUAUGGUCUAUUGGCAUGGAUUUGAUCUGACGGGCAGGCCUUGCCUCAUCGUACGGCUUGGGCUGGCUUGCAUGAGCUUGUCGUCUGAAGAUAAACCCCGUUUUACCCAAGCCAUCAUAUCUCAGGUAGAACAUGGGGUCGUUGAGUUAGUUGAUGCAGAAAAUUCCCAAAUCACAGUCUUAGUGGAUUGUGAAGGAUUAACUCCCUUUAGAGUUCCCAUGCAAAUGAUGAGAUAUUGUUCUUCCCUUCUGCAAGAUCACUUCCCAAACCUUCUCGGCUGUUUGUUCGUCAUUCGGCUUCCUCCCGUCGUUCGUCUUCUUGCUCAAACUUUCAUUCAAAUCUUGAAACCUGUUACCCGGAAAAAGUUGAAAAUUGAGGGGGAGACUACAUAUGAAAAGGUUCUAUCUGAGUACCUGCAAACACUGCCCAGAUAUCUUGGUGGCAAAUGCUCCUGCACGAAUUGUUCAAAAGUAGAUUUUCAUGAUAUACAGCGACUGGAUACAAAUGAGACGGUGAACAGAGAGUUGAUUACUGAGGGAAUUCAUGGGGACGAUUCGAUUUUACGGUCUCAGAUGUUUGAGUUUGAUAAUCACUUGCAUGGAAACUUCGAUCAGAUGAUAAGGACUGGAGUGAUAAGCAUCCUUAUGAUAUGGGCUUUCUUUGCUGUUAUUGUCAGUGCAUAUGAUCCUGAUUAUCGAAUCUUCUUCCCGUCGUCCUGAUCGGAAAGGAAAGGACUGAGUCCGCCUGCUUCGACUGUUGGGAGCUUGAAUUUUAUCUAUAAAUGAUGCUUAGUUCUGCAUUUUGCAGAUAGGAAAAUGCAUGGUAUUAUUAUUCAUGUUAUUAUUAAUAAUAAUAUCUGGUAUCAGUUUUAGUACGUGAAUUUGUUUGUAGCAGACUAGCAGUAUUGGACUUUCAAAGAAAGCGUUUUUACUCAAUUAUUCCAAUCAUAAGAGUGACGAAGUUGGCAUUAUUA